AUGGGGCCGCUUUGGACGGUGGGGCUGCAGGCGCUGCAGACGCGCCUCGAUACGCCUGCGAUCCCGUGGAAGGCGCUCGUGAAUGCGCUUCUGUGGGGCGUGUAUGUGUUUGAGACGUAUGUGUCGUGGCGGCAGUACCGGAUGUAUAGUCGGACGGCGCCGCCACCGGCGCUGGCGGGCCACGUCAGCGCGGACGAUUUCCGCAAGAGCCAGCGGUAUGGGCGAGACAAGAUGCGCUUUUCGAUGGUGUCUGAUGCGGUGAUGCAUGUGGUGAGCCUCGUGAGUGUGAACUACAAUGCGAGUGCGCACAUGUGGGGCUGGGGCGGUGAGCUGCUCCGCUGGCUGCGUGUGGCGCCGAGUGAGCAGGCGCUGUCGGCUGCGCACAUGCUGGUGACGACGGUUUGUUACUUGCCGCUCAAGCUGGUGCUGGAGGCGUAUCGUGCGUUUGUGAUUGAGGCGCGGCAUGGCUUUAACAAGCAGACGUGGGGCACGUUUGGCAUGGAUCACGUCAAGCAGCUGCUGCUGAGUGUGGUGCUGGGUGCGCCGCUCGUGGCGCUGUUGGUGAGUGUGAUUCGAUGGGCGGGCGAUGCGUUUGUGGUGUACACGGUGCUGCUCGUGCUGGCCGUGACGCUGUUUGGCUCGGUGAUCUUCCCGACGUUCAUUCAGCCGCUGUUCAACACGUUGACGCCCGUGCCGGAGGGCCGCCUGCGGGACCGCGUCACGGCGCUGGCGACGUCGCUGCGCUUCCCGCUCAAGCACCUGUACGUCAUUGACGGGAGCAAGCGGAGUAGUCACUCGAAUGCGUACUUUUACGGGGUCGUGCCGGGUGGCAGCAAGCACAUUGUGCUGUACGACACGCUGAUCGAGCACUCGACGCCCGCGGAGAUUGAGGCGGUGCUUGCGCACGAGCUGGGGCACUGGUCGUACUCGCACCCCGUCAAGAUGAUGGCCGUGUCGUACGUGCAGAUCGCCGCGCUGCUGACGCUCUUUACCGCGUUCAUCCACAAUGCGUCGCUCUAUGAGGCGUUUGGCUUCCACGGACCGCCGCUGCCCGUGUGGAUCGGCCUCGAGCUGUUCAGUCUCGUGCUGCAUCCGCUCGAUGCGCUGCUGCAGUUUGGCAUGCACGCCAUGACGCGCCAGAUGGAGUAUGCCGCAGAUGCGUUCGCGGUGCGUCUGCCGCGGCCGCAGGGCGCCGACGACGGCAAGACGUACCAGGAGCUGCUGCAGUCCUCGCUCAUCAAGCUGCAGGUGCACAAUCUGUCGACGAUGCACCAUGACGCACUCUUCAGUGCGUACCACCAUAGUCACCCGACGCUGCCCGAGCGCCUCGCGGCGAUCGAGCGCGCCGCCAAAACCGACUAG